AAAAAUAUCUGAGUCCAUUAAGUGGCAAAAAUAUAUACAUACAAGGCACAUGCUUAUGCAAAAUCCAUGGCAAAAGAGCUGCCUUUCCUCACCCCAAGUAAUUCAAUCCCUCAAAAACACAACUCUCUUCUUCACCCACAAAAAAUUCUGUAGACGAAAUAUCGUGAUUGGUUUCUGGUGUUUUUGUUUUGAGCUCUAGAAAGAGGAAGAGAAGAGGAAGAGCAUUGAAAUGGCUGGUGGUAAUGGUGGGAUCGUUAUUACUCCGGCGGGUGUGGCCAAGGAAAGAGCAGAGGAGUACCAGGGGAAGGCCACCGUUUAUGUGGUGGUUGCAUGUUUUAUUGCCGCCACGGGCGGCGCUCUCUUCGGCUAUGACAUUGGAAUUUCAGGGGGUGUGACAUCAAUGGAUGGAUUUCUCAAGAAAUUCUUCAAGACAGUGUAUAUUAAAAAGCAGCAUGCACAUGAAAGCAAUUAUUGUAAGUAUGACAACCAAGGGCUUGCAGCAUUUACUUCUUCUCUGUACCUUGCCGGUAUGGUGGCUUCUGUUGUUGCAUCACCAGUUACUAGAAAUUAUGGGCGUAAGGCAAGUAUAAUCUGUGGUGGGAUCAGCUUUCUCGUUGGAGCAUCUCUAAACGCCGGAGCUGUUAACCUGGCAAUGCUCAUCUUUGGAAGGAUCAUGCUUGGCGUCGGCAUUGGAUUUGGAGAUCAGGUUGUUCCGCUUUAUUUAUCAGAGAUGGCACCAACCCAUCUUCGAGGAGGCUUAAACAUGACAUUUCAAUUGGCGACAACCUUAGGGAUCUUUACCGCAAACAUGAUCAACUAUGGAACACAGAAGCUUGAACCAUGGGGCUGGAGGCUCUCUUUGGGCCUUGCUGCUGCACCCGCUCUGCUGAUGAUAGUUGGAGGAAUAUUUAUCCCCGAGACACCAAACAGCUUGAUUGAACGAGGAAAUACAGAUAAAGGAAGGAAAAUCCUUGAGAAAAUCAGAGGAACUGAGAAUGUUAGUGCUGAGUUCCAGGAUAUGAUGGAUGCUAGUGAGUUGGCCAAUGCAAUCAAACAUCCCUUCAGAAACAUUCUUAAGAGAAGGAACAGGCCACAACUGGUUAUGGCAAUCUUAUUGCCAGCGUUCCAGAUCCUCACAGGCAUAAACUCCAUUCUCUUCUAUGCUCCAGUGUUGUUCCAGAGCAUGGGAUUUGGAGGAAAUGCUUCACUUUAUGCUUCAGCGUUGACAGGAGCCGUUCUAUUUUCAUCUACACUUGUCGCUAUAGUAACUGUGGACAGACUGGGUCGAAGAACUUUGCUCAUUAGCGGCGGGAUACUGAUGAUUACCUGCCAGGUUAUAGUUGCCAUCAUCUUGGCAGUCAAGUUUGGCAACAACCAAGAGUUAACAAAAGGCUUCUCCAUAUUGGUGGUGACUUUCAUUUGCAUCUUUGUGUUUGCUUUUGGGGUGUCAUGGGGUGGACUAGGCUGGACAAUUCCAAGCGAGAUAUUCCCGUUAGAGACGCGAUCAGCUGGACAGAGCAUUACAGUUGCUGUCAACCUUUUAUUCACUUUCAUCAUAGCCCAGUCUUUCCUUGCCCUUCUUUGCGCAUUCAAAUUUGGAAUCUUCCUCUUUUUCGCUAGCUGGAUUACUGUCAUGACCAUCUUUGUUUAUGCCUUUCUUCCUGAAACCAAAGGAGUUCCGAUUGAAGAGAUGAUACUUCUAUGGAGGAAGCACUGGUUCUGGAAAAAAAUAGUUGCUGGGCCUCAAGAAUUUCACGCGAGCAAUGGCAAGCAAACUAAUGAAACAAAGUUGAGUGCAACAAUCCCAUAGCUCACAGGUUCAGCAAUACAGUUGAAGGGAAAUUUCAAGGACUUCACCAACCUAUUCUCUCACUAUAACUUAAUGAAGACAAUCAGACAUCAACAGCCCUUUGCCUUUUCAAAACUGUGUGACAGGGAUACCAUAAACAAAGACAGUCCCAUGAAUACAUAAAGGAAUAAUGUUCUUAUAAAUUCCUAAUACGAGGAAUGAUUGUUGUGCUUGUUAGCCUUGUUUUACUAUCUUCUCCAUAUAUAUUUGAAAAAUUCAUCUUUGCUUCAA